AAAUAUCGAAUCAAUAUCGAAUUCGGCACGCAAUAGUGUCGUUGCUCUGGCAACUGCUUACCUAAAUUCCUAAUUCCCGAUACCGUGCUACGGUUAUUUAUCCAAAACUUUUGUAUAAACGUAGCAUACAUCUCUUAAAUUAUGGACAAGUCUGUAAUUACGUACGAAAAACCUUUGCCCCAUAUAAGUUUAGCAGAUUGGUAUGCCAAACAAUGGGAACUACAGCAAAAUGCAGCUCUCAGGAGCGGAGAGGCAUUCGAGUUACGAAAUUCGGGAAAGAUUAUUCGUUCCGAAACGAUGGUGAAAACUAUAUGGGAUACGUACAUGAACAAUACCCGGCUUGCAGAUAGGGUGACUGAAUUAUCGCGUUGGAGAGAAGUGUUGGAGAAAUUGUUGGAUAAAUUACUUUCGGAGAUAAAGUCUUUACAAGACGAGAAAGCUGACACGGAGAAGGAAUUAGAAAACUUGAAUUAUCCGUUGCAAAUAACAGCAGAAUGUAUUUCAAUGAGAGAUUGUCGUAGAGGAACAGAGCUUACUUAUGACGAAGCAGACACAGAAUUAAAAAGAGAGCUCUGCGUAAUUGAAAACGUUAAGAAGUGGCUAACAGAGAGAGUGCAAUCUGCGUGGGAAAAGUUGAAUCGUUUAGAAGAAGUUAGAUUUGGGGUACAAUUAGAAGUAGAAGAUAAAGAAGAAACAAUUAACAUAGAUAGAGAAAAUCUUAGUUUGGAUCGAACGUGUGCAAACAUUAGUUAUAAACCGAAUGCAUUACGAACUCCGAAAGGUUCAAUACCAUAUGAAGCGUGGUUGGAACAUUGCCGAUACACUAAAACUUUAGCUGACAACGAAUUGAGCGAUGCCUAUGGUUUUCGAGAAGCUAUGAAUGUCAUGCGCGAACGUGCCCGAAAUGAUAUUAAAGCACAGCAAGAUGUUACAGAUUUUAGUUUACGAAAAAGAAUUUACCAAACGCAGAAAGCUCGCAACGAAUUGGAAUGGCAAAAACUUAAAAUUCAAAAAGAAAUGGAAAUUUUACAAAAAGAAAUAGUAAGAAUCGAGGACGCACUUCUGCAUAAAAUUGACUCGAUGAAAUGCGCGGAGACGCGUUUAGAAAAUCGUACUUAUCGCCCUGGCUUUGAACUUUGUCGCGACGAGGCUGAAAUGGGUUUGAAAGACGAAGUCCUGCAGUUGCGGCAGACUGAAAAGGAUUUGAUCGAUGUUUUGAAUAAAUCUAAAGGGUCGUAUAACGACUUGGAAGGCUUGCUCUUGCGAGUGGAUAAAAAUUUAGAAGAUAAACAACAUUCCUUGGCGACUGAUGUGAUGUGCUUAGAUAUGAGAGCAACACUGAAAACAGGAGAUAGAACGAGACUACGUAAUGAGACGGACCGUAACAUUGUUCUCACGCGUAUGGAGAAAGAGAUACCACUCGAGUCAUGAAUGGAUUCCUAGAUGCACGUAAAUCUAUCAUGAAGUAAAUGCACGAAUACAUAUUAUAAACGUAAAUAUACGUGACAUAUAUAA